GCGCGCCGGAGACACGCCCACGCCAGGGGCAGGCUGCGCCUCGGAGACCGUUGGGGUCCUGCUGCGCGGCCGUCCCGCCGCUUGCCUGAUCGACCGCUUGGCCCCGCGGCUCGCCCGGGAGAAGGAGGCCGGGGUUUGCUUCUGUGCCAGGGAAAGGGAGUUGCUGUUCCUAUUCUAGCCUGGCAUGGGCUCUGCAGACACGGUGUUCCAUCUCCGUCCCCCGGAGCGUGACAGUAGAGCAAUGCAGACAAAGCAGUUUCUUCAAUAUGUUGACAGCUGAUGAGCUGUGGAAAGGAGCUUUGGCAGAGACUGGUGUGGGAGUAAAGAAAGGAAGAGGAAAGAGAAGGAAGAAGAAGCUAAGGAAGAAUCUCAAUAGAGGCCAGGAGAUCGGUGAAGGACGUUCCGGUUUCCUCUGGCCUGGUCUUAAUACUCCUGUGAUACAAAGUGGGAGAGUCCAGGCAGUUACCCAGCGAAAAAAAGAAGAACGAGAGAGAAUUCAGUCUGAAAUUGUUCAGCAGAGAGACACAUGGGAGAAGAAAAGAAAAAUAAAAGUUAAGAGAGAGGGAGGUUGGAGUGGAAAUUGUUGGGGAGGUGUCAUUCUGGACCCUCCCGACCCAGGUCCUAAUGGAGAGACUUACGAGGAUUUUGAAACAAGAGUCAUUGAGGUGAAAAAUGUGUUUUGCAUGAAAGCAAAGGAAGGCAGAAAAAAAUCAAUUCGUGCCGUAGUUGCUAUUGGAAAUGGAAAAGGGGCUGCAGGGUUUGCGGUGGGAAAAGCAGGUGACAGGAUGAAUGCUCUGCGGAAAGCAAAGAACAAAGCGAUACGCUGUUUACAUUUUAUAGAGCUCUAUCAAAACCACACAAUUUACCAUGACAUUAGUGUGAAAUUUAAAAGGACAACCAUCCGCAUGAAGAAGCAAAACAAAGGCUAUGGUCUUCGUUGCCACCGAGCUAUCAUCACCAUCUGCAAACUAAUUGGCAUUAAAGACAUGUACGCCAAGGUUUCUGGUUCCAAAAACUUGAUUAACAUCACCAGAGCUCUCUUUAAAGGCUUAACAGAACAGGAAACUCACCAGCAAUUAGCAAACCAGAAGAGCCUCUAUGUUGUAGAGUUUCGGGAGGAGCAGGGCCCACUGCCCAUCGUUGUGGCGUCACCCGAGGGAGCCAUCCGCGAAGAUCCUGAGCCUGAAGAUGAGGUUCCAGACACCAAGCUGGAAUGGAGUGAGGUGAAAGAAGCUCAGGGAAUGAAGAAAUCACCCUGGGCAAAUGUCAGACGGACAGCAUGGUAAAAGCCUCAGCCCCCUGUCUCUUCUGUUAGAGAUGCAGCUGGGAAGGUCCAGCUGAAUGGACGGUUUGUCUAGGCUUACGUUUUGGAUGAGGGCACCAGUAGCUCUCUCAUGCCAUUCAUUUUGCUGCUCACAUCACUACCAUUCGGUAACACUGUUUGCUGUUCUUCUGGCCACUUUUCAACUAUGAACAUUAACAGGGACACGGCCAGUGGACAUGACAUUGACUUCCGGCAUGCAUUUACUCAAUUCCAGAAGAUGUUGCGUAAUCUGCACAUCCCUGGUUUCCUUCACAAGCUCUCGGGAAACUACUGAAAAGAUAAGGUUGUCAAAGCAAUAAAGAAUCCUCAGAAUGAGA